AUGAGCCUGUUCGGGUCGACCUCGGGCUUCGGGACGGGAGGCACCAGCAUGUUCGGCAGCACCACGGCGGACAACCACAACCCCAUGAAGGACAUCGAGGUGACGUCGCCGCCUGACGACAGCAUUUCUUGCCUGGCUUUCAGCCCACCGACCUUGCCCGGUAACUUCCUCAUCGCGGGAUCCUGGGCCAAUGAUGUUCGCUGCUGGGARGUUCAGGAUAACGGGCAGACGAUUCCCAAGGCUCAGCAGAUGCACACGGGGCCUGUGCUGGAUGGGUGCUGGAGUGAUGAUGGGAGUAAAGUAUUCACAGCUUCCUGUGAUAAAACUGCCAAAAUGUGGGAUCUCAACAGUAAUCAGGCUAUUCAGAUUGCACAGCACGAUGCUCCUGUUAAGACUAUCCAUUGGAUUAAAGCACCAAAUUAUAGCUGUGUGAUGACAGGAAGCUGGGACAAAACUUUGAAGUUCUGGGAUACCCGUUUGCCAACCCCUAUGAUGACACUGCAGCUCCCUGAGAGAUGUUACUGUGCUGAUGUGGUUCAUCCUAUGGCUGCUGUGGCCACUGCAGAAAGGGGAUUGAUAGUUUAUCAGUUAGAGAAUCAGCCUUCUGAAUUUAGAAGAAUAGAAUCUCCUCUUAAACACCAGCAUCGCUGUGUUGCUAUUUUUAAAGACAAAGUGAACAAACCUACUGGAUUUGCCCUUGGAAGUAUUGAAGGAAGAGUAGCUAUUCAUUACAUCAAUCCUCCAAAUCCUGCAAAAGAUAAUUUCACUUUUAAAUGUCAUCGCUCCAAUGGAACAAACACAUCAGUACCUCAGGAUAUCUAUGCUGUAAAUGGAAUAGCAUUUCAUCCUGUCCACGGUACUCUUGCAACAGUAGGAUCUGAUGGUAGGUUCAGCUUUUGGGAUAAAGAUGCACGAACAAAGCUAAAAACGUCAGAACAACUUGACCAGCCAAUAUCUGCCUGUUGUUUCAACCAUAACGGGAAUAUAUUUGCAUAUGCUUCCAGCUACGACUGGUCAAAGGGUCAUGAAUUUUACAAUCCGCAGAAGAAAAACUACAUUUUCCUGCGGAAUGCAGCAGAAGAGUUAAAGCCUAGGAAUAAGAAGUAAUGAGCAUGAGUCUGGCUUGUGUUGCUGUACUGUUUUCCUGCCAUUCCUGCCCCAACUCCCAUGCUCUUCUGCCAUUUGUGCCCUGUCGCGCCACGGUUCAGUCAACUUUGGAUCGCUAAUAUUUAGCAGGAACUGUAUAAAUUACAUUAAACAUUCUGACUUGCUGGAGAAUAUCUUUCCAAUUAGACAUGCUGAGUGUAAAAAAGAAAAGCUAAUAUUCACACGACUUAACCCCUGUAUGUUCCACAGCAAUAAUAUUAUUGCCGCAACAUCUCUACAUGUGGGUUAAGUAUUCCUGCUUAGAAGUGCAAGGAUUUCUAUCUAUGGAUUUAUUUUAUUAGUACCUUGUUUAAAAAUGUUCAUCGUAAUAGUUCUGGAGAAGUUGUAUAAAUACUGUAUUUUUUUUUGUAAGUGCGUGAAGAAUUGCAAAUAGUUCUUCUCGAAGGAGGCUUGAUAUUAUUAUUAUUAUUAUUAUUCAAGUUUUUUUUUUUUUCAUUGGUUGCUGAUUUUUAAGAUAGAAGUAUUGUCUACGGUAUGCCAGGCAGAAACACCGUGCAGAUUGUUUUCCCUCUUUUUCUGGAUGAAUUUGGUAGGUAUGUAGGUGGCCAAGAAUAGUGACAGAAACUCAAGACCAAGAAGAUGGGCACUGUGCAAACCCCCCUUUCCUCCCUCCUUGCACUCCAGCAGCGCAGGUGAGCUCUGAGCCACCCACUACUUGUUCUAGUCCAAAGGAGAACUGCCACUUGUGCCAAGUAGUAUAGUCAGUAAUGUGAGCGAUGCGUUAAAGGUCGUGUUUUGAUCAACACCAAAACAACAUAUGCAAAAUCUUUGUGGCCUAAACUGCUUUAAAAAUGAUUUUUUUAAAGCUGGUUCUUUUAAGAUUGUCUUAUUUCUUUUUGUCCCUUAAUAGGGAUUUCUGGAGUGAAAAUUUUUCAUUUUUGCAUUAGCUAGGCAGUAAGGUGAGUUUCAUCCCUCUUAAAAAUGCUGUGAAGCAAAGGUAAAACAGUGUGGGUCUUUCUGACUUGAAUCUACCACUAUUUAGUUCUAACUAGCCCAUGUACACAUGCCAAAGUUUUCUUUUUAGAAGUGAGUGCUUAUUACUCCUGUUAACUAUUAUUUGUUUGAUAAUGAUAAAAUAAAAGUGGAGGGCAGCAUGUAUAGAAAUACCUGUCAUAUUGUAAAAAUUCUC